CUGGAAAGAGGCCUGAAUAUACUCCCACAGGGUGCCUAGGGGGAGUAGCAAGCCAAUCCUUUGCGACAAACCUGGUUGAAAGGUUCAAAAACAGGUAUCCCAAGCUUUUUUGGCGACAAUAUACGCUCAAUAUUAUUUCUUCAAGGCGUCCACCAAUUUAUAUGUUCAAAUAAAUGCCAUAAUGAUAUCUUCAUCCAAGAGGGGAAACGAGGAGUGAGUUUGAAAGAAGGAACCCGAAGGUUUUCCAAUAUGCACCCAUGAAUACCAAGAUAACGGAAUUAUGAAAGACUGGAAACCCCAAAUCAAAGGACCAGUACGGAAUACCCAGGGAGAUCUUAAGUGCAAUAAUGGUGACAAGCAUUUUGCAUGCUCGCGCUAGGUGGCCAAAAACCUGCAAUGUUAUCGAAGAUAAACUCGGAGAAGUACCCUGGGCUGAGUUACUCUGAUUAUAGAAUCCGUCAAGACAGCUGUGUCCAGACAAGCAGGAGAAAGUCUCGGAUGUCAUAGAUACAUCAGAGAGAUUUGCUAAUGAGGUGAUGAUGAUCACUGCUCGGUCCCAGUUCCAUCGCAUGAAAGAUUUUUGUUUUCCUCGUCUGUAGGACACCGGGGCAAAAGAGCUCAAUCACCACCAGACUAACUGGUAGGUAGGGGCUCGACAUCAUCAAGAAUAUAUGAUGAUUUACGUCCACUACGCAGAGAGCCGAUCCAUUUUGUUGACAAUUGUAAUUGAUGGCCAAAGAGAGAUAGAUGGGCAGCAUACACAAUACAAAACAACGCUUUACUUAUGGUGGCCGGUGCAAUUCCACGACUCCCCCAACAGCAGAGCCGCUGGACUCUACUCUUGACACCUAGUUACCUCCCGCGAAUGACGAUUCGUUAUCGGAACGGGACAUGCCACAACAUCAGGGACGCCCUUUCGUGCUUGCACAACCUAGAGGAUGAUUCGGAGGAGAUUCCCUCAGACAAGCGAGGGAAUGUAUCUCAAGUCCCCAUCCAAGUUGGCAGGCAAUCGGAUAAGAAGACUGGCGUAUUUGUAACAUCUGCUUCUGAUAUUGGCAUAGCACUUUCGGACGAAAUCAAAAACCAGUUGUGCUCGGAGCUGCCGCCGGACCCCGCCGUACGGAAGAUCUUCCUAAGGUUGCUCAGGGCCGGUGAAGACUAUCUGUUUAAAAUAAAGGAUGGUCUUUUUUUAUUUCGCGGGCAGUCGACUCUGCGUUACGAGGGCGUUAGACAAGGACAAUGA